CCACCCGUUCCCAGCAGUGCCCCCACCUGUGCCCAGCAGUGUGCCCAGCAUGCACCCACCUGUGCCACUCUGCAGUGCCACCUACCUGUGCCCAGAAGUGCCACCUACAUGUGCCCAGCAGUGCCACCCACCUGUGCCCACCCACCUGUGCCCACCAGUGCCACCCACCUGUGCCCACCAGUGCCACCCACCUGUGCCCACCCACCAGUGCUGCCCACCAGUGCCACCCACCAGUGCAGCCCAGCAGUGCUGCCAGUCAGUGCCACCAGUCAGUGCCCAGGGGUUGUGCCAGUCAGUGCCGCCAGUCAGU